AUGAUCAGUAUGACUAACAUUUUUACUCCAAUAGAAGAAGCUUUAGAAGCUUACAAAAACGGUGAAUUUUUAAUUGUCAUGGAUGAUGAAGACCGUGAAAAUGAAGGUGAUUUAAUCAUGGCUGCUGAAUUAUGUACUCAAGAAAAGAUGGCCUUUUUAGUUAGAUAUUCUUCAGGUUAUGUUUGUGUUCCAUUAAGUCAAGAAAGAGCCAAUCAAUUAGACUUGCCACCAAUGUUGGCCAAUAGAAGUGAUAGACAUGGUACUGCUUAUACUGUCACUUGUGAUUUUGCUGAAGGUACAACUACUGGUAUUUCUGCUCAUGAUAGAUCAUUAACUGCUAGAGGUUUGGCUAAUCCUAAUUCUAAACCUGAUGAUUUCAUUAAGCCAGGUCAUGUUUUACCAUUAAGAGCCGUUGAUGGUUUAUUGAAAAAGAGAAGAGGUCAUACUGAAGCUGCUGUUCAAUUAAGUACUUUGGCAGGCUUACAACCAGCUGGUGUCAUUUGUGAAUUGGUACGAGAUGAAGAUGGUUUAAUGAUGAGAUUAGAUGAUUGUGUUCAAUUCGGUAAGAAACACAAUAUCAAACUUAUUAACAUCAACCAAAUCGUCGAUUACAUUUCAAAGUAA